AUGGCUCGCUCUGUGUCAGUGCCUCCGAGGGAUCCACUUUCAGAAACCGACUUUGCAGGCGAGAUCAACGUUUUUUUCCUGGUGGCUGUGUUCAAAACCACCCAAAGAAACUACCUUCAUUUAACUGGAAAAUGUGUUUUCUUUUUCCCACAGGGGGACUUCCCCUGGGAUGACAAGGAUUUCCGCAGUCUGGCCCUUUUGGGGGCAGGUGUUGCCGUGGGAUUUUUCUACCUCUAUUUUCGAGAUCCUGGAAGAGAAAUCACUUGGAAGCACUUUGUACAGAAUUACCUGGCCAGAGGUCUGGUGGACCGGCUGGAAGUCGUGAACAAACAGUUUGUGCGUGUUAUUCCUGCCCCUGGGACCUCUUCUGAGAAGUUCGUGUGGUUUAACAUUGGCAGUGUUGACACCUUUGAGCGGAACCUGGAGUCUGCUCAGUGGGAGCUGGGGAUUGAGCCCCCCAACCAGGCAGCAGUGGUCUACACCAGUGAGAGUGACGGCUCUCUAUUGCGAAGACUGUUGCCCACCCUUCUCCUGGUUGGCAUUCUCCUCUAUGCUGCCAGGAGGGGCCCUAUGGGAGCCAGGCGCAGUAGACGAGGAGGGGGCCUCUUCAGUGUUGGUGAGACAACAGCCAAGAUCUUAAAGAGCAACAUCGAUGUGCGAUUUGCGGAUGUAGCUGGGUGCGAAGAAGCCAAAUUGGAAAUUAUGGAAUUUGUGAAUUUCCUGAAGAAUCCCAAGCAGUAUCAGGACUUGGGAGCAAAAAUUCCAAAGGGAGCAAUGCUCACUGGUCCUCCUGGUACCGGCAAGACCCUUCUUGCCAAAGCAACUGCAGGGGAGGCCAGUGUGCCCUUCAUCACUGUGAACGGGUCCGAGUUUCUGGAAAUGUUUGUUGGCGUUGGGCCAGCAAGGGUUCGUGACAUGUUUGCAAUGGCCCGAAAAAACGCUCCAUGUAUCCUAUUCAUUGAUGAGAUUGAUGCGAUUGGCAGGAAGCGAGGCCAAGGGCACUUUGGAGGCCAGAGUGAGCAGGAGAACACCCUGAACCAGAUGCUCGUGGAGAUGGACGGGUUCAACUCUGCCACCAACAUCGUGGUGUUGGCUGGCACCAACCGCCCUGACAUCCUGGACCCAGCCCUGAUGCGGCCUGGCCGAUUUGAUCGCCAGAUUUACAUUGGAGCAGCACUGACUAUUGGCUGUUUCUCCCUUCCUGGGUCAGGUGCUGAUAUUGCGAAUGUUUGCAAUGAGGCAGCCCUGAUUGCUGCCCGGCAUCGGAGUCCUUCUGUUGAGGAGAAACACUUUCAGCAGGCCGUCGAGAGGGUCCUCGGAGGUCUUGAGAAGAAGACCCAGGUCCUGCAGCCUAGUGAAAAGACAACUGUGGCCUACCACGAGGCCGGACACGCGGUGGUGGCCUGGUUCCUGGAGCACGUGGACCCCCUGCUGAAGGUGUCCAUCAUCCCCCGGGGCAAGGGCCUCGGCUAUGCACAGUACCUGCCCCGGGAGCAGCACCUCUAUACCCGGGAGCAGCUCUUCGACCGCAUGUGCAUGAUGCUCGGGGGCCGGGUGGCCGAGCAGCUGUGCUUCGGGCAGAUCACUACGGGGGCUCAGGACGACCUGAGGAAGGUCACCCAGAGUGCGUAUGCCCAGAUUGUGCAGUUUGGGAUGAGUGAGAAGCUGGGCCAGGUGUCCUUCGACUUUCCCCGACAAGGCGAGGCCCCAGUGGAGAAGCCGUACAGUGAGGCAACCGCCCAGCUCAUUGACGAGGAGGUCCGGUGCCUCAUCAGCGCUGCCUACAAGCGCACCCUGGACCUGCUGACACAGUGCCGGGAGCAUGUGGAGAAGGUGGGCCAGCAACUCCUGGAGAAGGAAGUGCUGGAGAAGGCAGACAUGGUGGAGCUGCUGGGCCCUCGGCCCUUUGCGGAGAAGUCUACGUAUGAGGAGUUUGUAGAAGGCAUGGGCAGCCUGGAGGAGGACACGUCCCUACCCGAGGGGCUGAAGGGUUGGAACCGGGGACAGGAGGAGGAGGACAUGGAGCAGCCUGUGCAGGGGAGCUCUGCGUAGCCUGUGGCGGUGCCUGCACCUGCUGCUGGGUGGAAUUCAGGUGACUGCCACUUACCUGGGGCCUUUGCAAAGCAGCUGUGGACUCUCACCCAAAACAAAUUAAAACGUGACAACUGUG